AUGUUAGGACGGGUGCAUGUCUUGGGCCUCGGAAACGUAGGGACCUUCAUUGCCCACUCGCUCGCAUCACGACAGUCUCCACCGCCUAUUACACUCCUUUUUCAUAACACGCAAUUUUUGACCGAGUUUCGCCGGAAGAAAUACUCUCUCGCCAUCAACCAUCAUGGGAUGGACGAUGUCAAAGGCGGAUUCGACGUGGAAGUGCUCUCCCUUUCGGAAUGGUACAAGGUGAAUACCGAGGGGAAUAAAAACAAGACACGUGGGAAAUACGCCGAGGGCGAAGAAGACUAUUUUGAAAACACCGCAGACAAUGAAGACAUCGACUGCUUGAUUGUCUGUACGAAGGCCAAUGUCACAGAAAAGGCCAUCCAGACUGUCAGCCACCGCUUAACCUCAAAAUCAACCAUUUGCUUGAUUCAGAGUGGCAUGGGACUCAUCGACCGGAUCAACGAAACAGUGUUUCCGGAUCCAGGCAACCGUCCGAAUUAUAUCGAGAGCGCUUUUAGCCACUAUCUCGUGAGGCAACAUCCUUUCCACAUCGCCCACAAGAGCCCUGGAACACUCGUCCUCAGCCCCGCGGUCACCGAUAGAACCCCUCUGAUCGCAGCAGAGGAGGACACGCACUGGGCUCCUUCAACGAAAUACCUUCUACGUCUCCUGACUCUUACGCCGCAACUAGUCGCCACGGUUGACACUCCUGCCGGUUUACUACAGCACCGGCUCGAAAAACAAGUGGCCAAUUGUAUCAUCGGUCCGCUGACUGCAAUCAACGACUGUAAAAAUGGCGAGCUACUCUACCUUGUGAGUGCUACUCGGCUCAUGCGGUUGCUCCUUUUUGAAAUCUCGAGUGUGAUCUGCGCUCUUCCCGAGUUGCAAGGCAUCCCGGGAAUCCAGAGUCGAUACUCCCCAGAGCGUCUGCGCCGGAUGGUCGCACAUACCCUGUCUAAGACAGCCAACAAUACCAGCUCCAUGCUACAGGAUGUACGGGAUCGCAAAAUCACGGAGAUUGAAUACUUCAAUGGAUGGAUCGUUCGCCGGGGCGAGGAGCUAGGUCUCAAGUGUGUACUCAACUACAUGAUCAAACACUUGGUUAUUACCAAGCUCGCCAUCACCUUUCGCAGAAACAACAGCGCCGUUCCCCUUGACCUCGAUAACGUCAUCGUCACCGGUGACCCCCAAGUGGACGAUUAG